CAGAUUCAGAAAGAUAUACUCGUUGACCCCGAAGUAUCCCUCACCUCGUGGACUGUGGUGCAUUGGCCCGGUGGGUACAAACUCAGAGACAGCGAGUGGCACGACAGCACCCCAUUCCUCUUUUUGCAAGCCAUCCGCACCAAUUCCCCACGUGGCUGACAUCUCAUCGACUGCGACACGCCACUGAGCGGUUGUGGGAGUCCUCCUGCCCCAACGCUCGUCGCCGACGCACAGAACGCGGGUCGGUCCCCCGCACGUGUGCCAGAGAAGAGCUCCUCCACCGUGCCGUGACAACGGCAACAAUGAGCGAGAUAGAGACGGAUUAGGCGAGCGGGCCGCGAAGCGCUCUGCAAGCUUUAGGGGUAAUUAGUUUGGCAAGCAUCUUUGAGUAGGGGGGGGGGGACGUCUAUAGGCCACACCCCGAGUUUGGUUUUCUUUCCUCUAUAAAUGCGGCAUUCAUUAACUCGAUGACCACUCAUUCAUUGAGAAAUACACGUCCCACAUCCAUGGCAGCUGCAUGUUCGUGCUACAGACAUCGGGUUCGACCAAUAUGUUUGAAAAUACGUUAAGUAAUUGCAUCAUAAAAUGCCAGGGGGGGAAUAUAUAAAAUUUUCUUAGAUAUUUAUUUUUUGCACCGAUAAUCUCGUGGCGCCCAGGAGGUGUAGCGUUCAGUGGGUACGUUAAGGAAUACGUUCAGGAGUACGUUCGCUGGAUACGUUCAGUAGUACGCUCGUCGCGAGAAUGGUUAAAGCUUUGGAAGAGAAGAGUAUCUCACGGGUUCACCACCACCACCUCCUACUCCUCCUCCCAGGGCAUUAACGCAGCGCGUGUGGCAUGCAGCAGCGGACGGCACCAGGCUACAGCACUCACAAGAUGAGUUGGAAUGGAUCGUACGGCCAUUGAGACGAUGAAAUCAAAUUGGCUUCCGUAAAAAAAAAGAAAUACGAACCGCACAUCAGAGCGAGAAGUCCGAGAGGGCAGAGGAAGAGCGAAGCAGUGGAAUCAUCGCAGUGCACAUUUCGCUGCAGUCUCCACUCGAGGCUCCGACCUCCGGCGACCUCCGUGCCGGCAUGGCCUUCGAGUGCGUCCGCGGGCGGCGCGCUCGAGGGGUGCUCACGGCCGUGGCCCACGGCCUCACCUCGGCGUCGCUCAACCUCCUGCUCAAGGUGCUGCUGUCGACCCUGCGCUUCCCGUACCUCACCCUCCUGCAGCUCUCCAGCUCCCUCCUCUCCGCCCUGACGCUCGAGUCGUUGCGCCGCUGCGGCCUCGUGACGCUGCCGCCGUUCGGCGCGUCGCCGGCGCGCGCCUUCGCGCCGGUGACUCUGCUCUCGGUGCUGCACUCCACGCUGACGCUGCUCUCGCUGCGCGGCCUCUCGCUGCCCACGUACGUCGUCUUCAAGCGCUGCCUGCCGCUCGUCACGCUGGCGCUGGGCGCGGCGCUGCUGCGCGGCGGGCGACCCACGCUGGGAGUCGUCGCGUCGGUCGUCGUCACGACGGCCGGCGCCGUGCUCGCAGGCAUCGGGGACGUGACGAGCGACCCCGUGGCCUACGCGACGGGCGUGCUCGCGGUGCUCGUCCACGGCGUCUUCCUGGUGCUCAUCCAGCGCACGUGCACCGACAACUUGGGCGGCCCGCUCGCCGCCCAGUACGCGAUAUCCAUCAGCGCCUCGCCCCUCCUGCUGGCCUACUCGCUGGCCAGCCAGGAAGCCAUCCACGUGUGGGCCUUCCCCGGGUGGCACGACGGCGCCGUCGUGGCGGCCUUCCUCGGCAGCGCGGCGCUGGCCGCCCUCCUCGGCCUCACCACCGUGGCCUGCACGGCGUUUAACUCGGCCGUCACCACGAGCUUCGUCGGGGUUGUCAAGAGCGUGCUCACCAUCUCGGUGGGGAUGCUGGUGCUGCGCGACCCGGCCGCCGAGCCGCCGUCGGUGCUCUUCCUCUCGGGGCUGGCGCUCAACACGGUCGGCUCGAUCUUCUACUGCGUCGCCAAGUAUUGGGAGACGCGCGAGCGCAGGGACUACGACGAGCUGGAGGAGGCGCCGCUGUCGAUGGCGCUGUCGCCGCAGGGAGCAGGAGGAGGGCAAGAGGAGGACGGGAGCGGCGGCAGUGGCGGCGGUGGCAAACACGUUACCGAGGGACAGGCCGGGGUGGCCAUGGAGUGGCCGAGUGGUGACAAAGUGGACGACGGCGGCGGCGGUGGUGGCGGUGAAAGCGCCGGAGCUGGCGUUGCUGAUGACAGCGGCGGUGGUGGUGGUGGUGCCGCCGCUAGAGAUGAUGGCGCCGAGCAGAACAUGAGCAGAUUCCUCGCCGUGUGGAGGUUGCUGAAAGUAAAACGAUUUCAAAAUCACGAAACUCUAAAAUGAGCCCCGCAAUAUUAGUUGAGCCCUUUCCCCGUGGAUAUUUAAAACAUCGCAAGGGAGGUGGGAGGUGGGGGGGGGGGUCGUUUUGACCAUCGUGGGGUUGUGACCAUCGCUGACCUUGUGGCGUUAUAAAGAUACCUUGAUGACUUUGAUGCCUUUUAAAAAAAAGCAAUUGAGCUCAGGUUGUGAUAUUGUGCCAACGAGUGGUGGUGGUGGUGGUUGUUGUUGUAGCUCAAAAACGAAUGGCGACACGUGUUCAGGGCUCACCGAGCUAGCAGUUUGAGCAUGUGCACAGUGCCCACCGACCCUCCAGAAGGUGACGCCUUUUUAUUGGGACGUUGUCUGCGUUUCUUGUCCUUCCCUCGCACCACCGAUUGGCUACGUGCAGCGGUGCGAAAUAGGUUCAACAUACACACAGUUUGUACAAAAUAGUCGUGGGUCAAGGGCUUUAUUUCUCGUGGAAUGUUUUCCAGGGAUUCCCAUCCUUCAAGCGCUCACCCCCACCGGCAGAAGGGAAGGAGGUGACCUGCUGAACUUCAGCCCUGACCGUUGUGCUUGUUUUAUUUUAUUAUCAGCCUGCCUCUGACUGACCAAGCAUGGACGAUCACCGUACGGCCCUUUUGCACGAUUUUUUGUUGUCGUCUUUUCCCCAGCGCCUCCUCUCGUUCGAAGCGAAACCACCGUUAGCUCCGUUGUGCGGCACACGAUCGCGGUGCGUCGCGAGCGGCUUGCCGCGAACCUCCGCCCGCGACGAAUGAAUUCGAGAACAGACACCUCCAGCCGUCAGCGUGGCGGCGUGGUGAGGCCCCACCGGGAAGCUGAUGCUACGCACGCCAGUGACUUUCGCCCGUUAAUAAAUCAAAUGUCACGGAAGAUCAAACUUAACCGGCUUCUACUUAUUCUUAAGUGCGUGCCUUCCUUUGGUUGCUCGCUAAGUCUUGCCUACGCUGUUGCCUCUGUGCGUCUGCCGCCGAAUGAAUUGACUCUGCGGGGUCACUCAGAUGGCCAGCGGCUGCCCUUUGCUGUCGGUGGUCUUUUUAAGAAUUCCGAAUGCUCGCUGACACGCGGCAUUUCACUUGUGACAGUGGUGCUGGGUCUAUGCAUGUCACAGAUAUGAUAUCCUGCCUGCGGAGGAUUUUAAAGCUGCCUUUUUGACCUUGAACUCUUUUGAAUGAUCUCAAUGCAUGUUAAUGCGAUACAUUUGAGUGCUUUGGUAUUCUGGAAACAGAUUUGUUGUAUUGUAACUUUGAAUGCGUUCGAUUAUUCCCAGGACAAUUAUAUGGGCGUUCAAAAUCAGAUUGGUUAAACCAAUUAUGUUGGAUAAUUCGGUACACACGUUCAUCUGACAUUCCACCGCAAUUUACGCAUUAUCCUUGCAUGGGGUCCUUUUUCUGGGUGGGGUUUUUGGCUUGUUCUUGCCAAUUAAAAUCCCAUUUUAGAAUGGGUGUCUUGCCCAGAGAGGAGGCAUUUUCCACUUGAAACUCUCACUGGAAGCAGCGUCACAACAUCGCCCCUGGGUCAGCCUACGCUCCAUGCAAUCAGAAUCAGAAUAUUGAUUUUAAUGGCAAAAUCCGGUGAGCUAUAAAGCUCUUUUUCACAGAUGUCCAGUAGAGGAUGACUUUACAGGAAAAAAAAAUCUCUUCGGUCCCUUCAAUUGCCAUUGAUCCGCAUGAGGCCAUGCUGCAUCUUCUCGAAUGCCCUCUUAUCGAGGAUUGUUCAUUUGGCUGGCAAUUGCACUGUAUAUCUUACAGUCCUCGAUAACUGAGAUGUGCCGAAUGAGAUUAAAAGCCAAAUUGAAUGAGAACGGUUUUAUUUUUCCGCAUCAUUGGUGACCAAGCGGA